CACUAGCAAGCUUAGCUCGACGAGCCGGCCACAGGUAGGGUACAAGUUGUACAGCAUGAAGUUCGGCGCGGACCUCAAAAACAGCGUCGUGCCGGAGUGGGCGCCGGGCUACAUCGCCUACGACGCGCUCAAGGCGCAGAUCAAGGCCAUCAGCGGCGCCGAGGCGGACGAGCGGGACGCGCUCGAGGAGACCUUCUUCGCGACGCUGGAGGAGGAGCUGGAGAAGGUGAACCGGUUCUACCUGCAGAAGAUCGGCGAGUUCGACGCGGCGCUCGCCGCGCUCGAGGCGCGCAAGCCGCGGAGCGCGUCGGGCGACGCGCUCGGCACGCCCGCGACGUCGGACCACCGGCGCAACGCCAUCAACUUGCACGCCCAGAUCGGGCAGCUGCAGGCGUUCGUCUGGCUGAACACGCAGGGCUUCGAGAAGAUCGUGAAGAAGUACGACAAGUUCUCCGGCCUGCGCCACACGCCGCAGGCCAAGGCCCCGGACUUCGAGGCGCGGCUCCGGGGCGAGGUCUUCAAGUCCGAGCGGCUGGACGCGUGCCUGGAACGGUUCAAGAUGGCGCGCGUCGUGGACAGCGAGACGCCGCACCAUCUCGAGAUGAAGCUCGUGUCGGGGUCCGCGAACAAGCCCCUCGCCGAGGAGAUCGCGGCGCGGCUGGGCGUGCCCCUCUCGCCGGCGAAGGUGCGCCGCUUCAACGACGGCGAGGUCAACAUCCAGCUCUGCGACAGCGUGCGCGGCGCGAACGUCUACAUCCUGCAGCCGACGUGCCCCCCGGUGAACGACCACCUGGUCGAGCUGCUCCUCCUGGUGUCGGCGGCGCGGCGCGCGUCGGCGGCCACCGUGACCGCGGUGGUGCCGUACUACGGGUACGCGCGCCAGGACCGCAAGGACCGGAGCCGCGUGCCCAUCUCGGCGGCCGACGUCGCGCGGAUGAUGGAGGCCAUGGGCGUCGACCGCGUCGUGUGCGUGGACCUGCACUGCGCCCAGAUCCAGGGCUUCUUCGGGCCCCGGACGCCCGUGGACAACCUGUUCGCCGCGCCGAUCGCCGUGACCUAUUUCAACAUGAAGGACCUGGUCAAGCCCGUCGUGGUCAGCCCGGACGCGGGCGGCGUCGCGCGCGCCAAGGCGUUCAUGGAGGGCUUCGGCCGCCUGCCGGACCCGCCGCAGGUCUCGCUCGCCGUCAUCCUGAAGCAGCGGGCGGAGGCGGGCGUCGUCGGCACGAUGCACCUCGUCGGCUCGGUGGAGGGCUGCGACUGCGUCAUCGUCGACGACAUGAUCGACACGGCGGGCACGCUGACCGCGGCCGCGAACGAGCUGCGCGCGUUCGGCGCGCGGCGCGUCUUCGCGUUCGCGACGCACGGCCUCUUCAGCGGGCCCGCGGCGGACCGCAUCGAGCAGUGCGUGCUCGAGGAGUGCGUGGUGGCGAACACGGUGCCGCUAGCCGCGGCCGUGCGCGAGAAGACGCGCAAGAUCCGCCAGGUCAGCGUCGGCAAGCUCGUCGAGGGCGCCAUCCGCGGCAUCCAGUGCGGCACGUCCGUGAGCGCCCUCUUCACCCAGGACAUGGCGGCGGACCUCCUAUCCUAGCCGCGGCCGGCGCCGCCGCCGCGUGAGGGCACGAUUUCGCGACUAACUUGAAUUGAGACUUCGUUU